GGUGGUAAGGUAGGUUGUGCCAAGUAUAUUAUAUGCCAUCUUGGGAGGUGAAUAGCCAGGGCGUGAGGAUUCUGUGUUAUUUGCAUUUUUUCUCAUAUUACUAUUAACUGGUUGAUUGUUGAGAGCUGGUUAGCUAUCCGAUUUGUUUCUCGAACAUUCCCAUUUGCCAGCCGAGUUCUACUCUUCUCGAAUUGCAGUCUACGAACCCACGAUACACACCAGAGGGGCACGUUUGGUAGCUGAGGGGGGACAAACACACGAAACGAUGAAUCUCUUCAAGGCGUCUUCGAUCAUCGGGCUUCUGUUCCUGUUUAUUGCCGUUCGCUAUGCCUUUGCGCUGCUCAUGAACAUACGCGCGGCCAAGAAGUCUGGCAUGCCGUAUGUGGUGCGGUUGACUCCAUCGGGCAACCCGUUCUGGAUGAUCUUUGGAAACAAAAUCAUUGCGCUGCUCGAGCGGCUUCCGUUCCGGUGGGUCGGUCAGUUCAAGCGCUUCAACCUGCACGGGUGGGAGGCCAACGAGCGGCAUCGCAUGUACGAGGAGCACGGCGACAUCGUGCUCAUCGUCACUCCAAAGGGCAACCUCAUCUACGUCGGCGACCCGGUUGCCAUUACCGAGAUCCUGCGCAGGAAAGAUGAGUUCCGCAGGAACACGAAGAGCCGGAAGAUGCUGGAUAUCUUCGACAAGAGUCUGACGUCCACGGACGGGCCUGAGUGGCAGAGACAUCGCAAAGUCACUGCUACCUCGUUCACGGAGAAGAACACGGAGUUGGUGUGGGUCGAGUCGUUGAAGCAGGCUCAAGGAAUGCUGGAAUACUGGACACAGCGAGCGACGGCGCCUAUCCGGUCGUUGCAAUUGGACACGCAGACCUUCACUACGAAUGUACUUGCUGCAGCCAUGUUGUCGAAACCGUACAAGUUUGUCGGCAAGGAAGACCCUCCGCCAACGGAUGACUCCGAGGAGGAAAAGAUUGCGUAUGAGUACAGAGAGGCUCUGUCCGUUAUUCUUGAGAAUGUCAUUGCAAUCAUGGUCCUCGGAAAGAAAGUCUUGCAGAAGAAGUGGAUGCCGGUGAAACUGCAAAAAGCUGGUGCUGCUGUCGAAAGAUUCAGAGACUACGCUGAGACCCUGAUCGAGGAUGAGAAGGCGCGCAUCCAGAGUGGCAGCCAACAGACCGUUCCUACGCUGGUAAAUCUGAUGGUGCGCGCCUGUGCGAGUGAGGUGAAAUCUGGUACGAAGACGUUGACAGAGUCUGAGAUCGUCAGCAACUUGUUCGUGUACGCUUUCGCCGGCCGGGACACCACGGCAAUCACACUGUCCCAUAUGAUCGUCUUCAUGGCAGCACAUCCGGAAAUCCAGGACUGGGCACGGGAAGAGAUCCACCACUACCUUCCAGACCAAGACUCUUCAACAUGGGAGUAUGCCAAGUUCGCGAAGCUGAAGCGUUGUCUAGCAGUCAUGUACGAAACACUGCGUCUCUGCCACCCCAGCGUGCUUCUCCUGAAGGUCACACCACCCCACCCCAUCAAUCUGGACGUCAACGGCAAAUCCCACCUGAUACCAGCAAACUCCGCCAUCCACGGCAGUCUGUCCGCCAUGCACACACAUCCCGACUUCUACGGCCCAGACCCACUCUCAUGGCGGCCCUCACGCUUCAUCACAGCGACCGAGAAGUCCGAGUCUGGGGACAUCUUCGCUGCCGAGACGAUUCCUGCAGACACGACUGUCGACUUCCUCGCGUGGUCAUCCGGCCCACGGGCUUGUCCGGGUAAGAAAUUCGCACAGGUUGAGGUCGUGGCCGUGUUGGCGAAGAUGCUGUACGAGCAUAGAGUUGAGGCUGUACCGGAGCCGGGUGAGAGUGUGCUGGACGCGCAAAACAGGCUGCAUGGGUUGUGUAUGACGGUCGAGCAGAAGGCGAUCUUCAAUAUGAAGGAGCCGCACAAGGCUGGGGUGCGGUGGGUCAAGUGCUGAGCGCCGUAGCCAUGAUGUUUUGUAUAGAUGAAUAGAAUUCCAG